GGCGCGCGCUCUCUCCCCGCCUUCCCUCACGCUCGUAUAGUAAAGUGCCCCGCGCGCAGGUGGUGCGUGCGGCUCUGAAUCCGAUCAGGAUGAUGCGAUCUGCACAGCUUCUCGCUGCAGUCUUAUACUGCUUAGUGUGCAUUCAUUCUCUACCGGUACCAGACGGAAACAGCCACAGGUACAAACCUGCAGCGGACUGGCCUCAAAAGACCCAUCACCAUGGCCUGAAGAAGAGGGGCCGACUUCAUCACAUUCAGGACACCCUGAGUGAAGACUCUAGCAAUAAAAGAGUACAUCCACACUCGACUCUUCCCAAGAAUGACACUGAGUUCUGGAACAGACCUCGCUGUGGAGUCCCAGACUACCCCUCACAGAAGGAAGGGAGCGUCCUUAAUUACUCAACCCUCAAAGGAGGUUUGCUUGGGGGCCGUCAUCGCCGAAAACGCUUUGAUUUGUUCGGAGGCCGCUGGGACAAAACAGACCUCACAUACAAGAUCAUGCGGACGCCUUGGCAGAUGAGUUUAGAGAAAGUCAGACAUGUGCUGAGAGAGGCACUGUGGGUCUGGAGUGACGUCACUCCUCUCACCUUUACUGAGGUCACCAGUGGCCGGGCGGAUAUCAUGAUUGACUUUAACAGGUACUGGCAUGGAGACAAUCUUCCUUUUGAUGGCCCAGGAGGAAUUCUGGCUCAUGCCUUCUUUCCCCGAACUUACCGAGAGGGAGACAUUCACUUUGACUACGAUGAGACUUGGACAGUGGGCAACAGUAUGGGUACUGACCUCCUCCAGGUGGCUGCUCAUGAGAUCGGUCAUGUUUUAGGAUUGCAGCACUCCAUGGCACCAGGUGCAGUGAUGUCGCCUUUCUACACUUUCUCCUACCCACUCCAACUGAGUGAAGAUGAUAAGCGAGGUAUACAGUCUUUGUAUGGAUCCAGACACACGGAUGAUAAAGUAAAGACGGAGAAGAGAACUCCCAAGGUCACAGAAACUAAUGAGAUUGAAAGCACGGUGCCUGAUGCUUGCCAAACUGACUUUGAUGCUGUAUCUAUGAUCCGAGGCGAGCUGUUUUUCUUUAAGUCGGGUUAUGUAUGGCGGAUCCGUGACGGUAAACUCCAGACUGGAUAUCCUGCAUUGGCAUCCAGGCACUGGAGAGGAAUCCCAGGUGACAUUGAUGCUGCUUUUGAGGACAAAUCUGGAAAUAUCUGGUUCUUCCAAGGCCAGAGUUACUGGGUUUUUGAUGCAGAGCGGCAGAUCACAGGGCCGGACUCUGUACGACGACUAGGUCUAACAGUGACUGACAUUCAGGCCGCCCUCAUGUGGGGAGAAGAUAAGGCCCAGAAGAUCUUCUUCUUCAAAAAAGGAAGCUACUGGCGAUUCAACCUGAAGGAAAACCGCGUUGACUCAGUCCACCCUCGCAGCAUGAGGGACUGGAGGGGCGUACCGGAUGACAUUGACGCUGCUUUCCAGGACCGAUUCGGCUUCGCCCACUUCUUGAGAGGGAAGCAGUACUGGAAGUUCGACCCAGUAGAAGUGAGGGUGCUGGAGGGAUAUCCACGAUAUAUUGGCAUGGAUUUCUUUGAUUGUUCUGCAGCCCUGUAUCGAUGAAUCACUGGUACAACUAGAUGUAAUUUAGCCCAAAUGUAAUGCUGAUCUUUGUCACGCACCUAGUGCAACAGGCAGUUUCCACAUGUUUAACUUUGAACCAAUCUAGGCCUAGUAUUUUUAUUUAUAUCACGCAAAGUGUCAGAUGUACAGUCUCUAAAUCUGACCACUGGAUCAAACUUUUUUUUUUGUGGAUUCAAGCAGAUACUGUUUAUCUACUCAGUCUGUGACUCAAGGUGCUACAUCUGCGCCAAUUAAUCUCAUCUGCAAAACAAUGACUCUCAUUACUCAGGAAAAGCAGGAAAUUCUGGCUUUAAAAUAUUUUUCGUAUAUAUUUUGUGUACUUGGUUAUUUAUUAUUUGUAUAUUUUUGGCAGUAUUGAUAGUGUUAGGAAAACAUAACGGCCAUUCUUUUUGAGAAAUACCAUAUUGUGCCAUUAGUGACGUGCUGUUGAUUACCACAGAAGACAAUUUUGUUCUUAAAAACGAGCAAAGAUUGCAUUAAACCUAAUGCACUUACAGUGGAAAUCUAUAAGGCAAGUAAUUUAAAACAGAAACCUUACUGAAGCGCAUACUAAUAACUUUUAGUACAAAAACUUGAGGUAAACAUGUACAUCAAAUAUUAAAGCAUCCUAAAAACCAACAGUUUAGUUCUCAGAGCAACAAUAAUGUAACAAUUUUUUACUGAACUUUGUAGAGAUAGCUGAACAUUUCGUAUUUUGUUUGAAGCUU